AUGGAGGGGAGGAACGCCACCUUUGUCAUUGUCAACGAGGACCACACGCUAGGGAAUUGCAUUCGCUACUGUCUUACUUGUAACCCAGCCGUCUCUUUUGCUGGCUACUCUGUCCCUCACCCCGCAGAGCCGAAGCUAAACCUUCGCAUUCAAUCUGACACUCAGUCCGCCACUGACUGCCUUUUGCAGGCGGCUGACCUCAUGUACGCUAUAGCAAGUGUCUUGAGGCAGCGACUUGCAGAGGCCUGUGGGGUUAGUCCUCCUCCUUCCUCCAGAACCAGCGAAAACCGGUCUAUCACCCAGUAA